CGAAACAAAAAGAAUAAUGUUUACUUUCUAUGCUCCGUUGGACUUGGAAUUGACCCAAAAACUUGAUUGUCAUUUUCUUUUUUCGGAUUUAUUUCAAUUCAUAUCUUUAAAAAAUCAAUUUUACUGACAGUAUUGUCGCAGCGAGUAAAAGUUAUUCCUGUCGCUACUUUCAACUAAGUGCUAAUUGUACAAAAAGAAACAAGCAAUACACUGAAAUAUUUUAAUCUGACUAGUAAUUGUUGGUGUUCGUCUAAGAUGGGAACUUCAUUUUGGAAUGAUUUUGAUUUGAAACCACCUCCAACUUUCACUUCCAAAUUACCAUCUUCUGACGUUUCGCACUCAAGUUUGCGGAAGCUUUCUGAUGUUUUCUGGGACGCUUUGACCCUACUGCAAAAUCAGCAGGCACUGUCCACAGAGGCUGCUACUUUGUCUCGUCUUAUAUAUCGCAUGAAGAAUUUGUUCCAUGGCGACAAGGGAUUUAAAACUAUUGAGAAGAUCAACCACUGCCUCCGGCAUUAUCUUUCAUUGAACCUUGUUCCAAUGUAUGACAACAUUUUUCGCACAAUACCUUGGGACUGCUCUGAGAAAGAAAUUUACUGUCCUACUAGACAGAUGCUGGAAUAUGUUCUAUUGCGCACACAAGGACUUGCGGCUUUACUAUGCAGAAUAGUGCACACAUGUCUUGAGGGGGCAUUUCUUUUUAAGAGUCGAAUGAGUUCUGGUCAUCAUUGGCAUGUUUCUUUACUAUGCUUGGGAGUAAUUAGCCGCAUUUGGGCACUAGCUAAGCAUAUAUUUGAGGCUUGUGUCAAAUGGUAUAAUGUCAUGUUACCAUUCCUAAAGAUAUUUCAACCAAAUGGCCCAACUUGGCUUUCAGAGGGCUAUAUUUUUCCUCCUGAUCUCACAAAGUGGUUAGAUGUGUCUUGGAUGGAAGCACCUAUUCCAUCAAAUGAAAAGAUAAUUAAUUUUCAUGGUGGGAACAACAACACAUCAUUUGAAGACAAUGAUGAAGUUACUUCACUUUCUAACCACAUUACUCCAAAAAUUCAGUCCAUCAGUGAUGAUGUUGGAGUGUCCAUAUCUCGCAGCUCUUUGUCUACAAUAUCUCGCUCUAAAGCUGAUGUAAAACUUAGUGAUACCAAUACCGAAGAAAGUAGAAGUCUUGCAAAUGCAGAAGAAAACUUUCAUGGAAGUGCUAAUGUUUCCUUUCAGGAGGAUAAGUCUGCUAAAGCCAAACUCAAACCUAAGAAGAGAAAACUUGGUCAAUCUACAUCAAAAAAUGAACAGGAAUGUAAAAUACCUAUCCUUGACAAUGGUGAUCAUGAGACAGAAAUUAACAGUCGUGUUUCUAUUGGGGAUCAGAAAAAUUCUACUGCUGUUAAAUCAAAGAAGGUUUCCAAAAGAGAGUUCCCAUUAAUUAUAUCCCAGAGUGACGUUCAAAAUAUUUUGAAUAGUGAAACAAAGAGGCGUUCCUUAACAAGUUCUUUGGAUGAUCAACAGUGGGCAUUGUUAAGAAAUUUAGUCAGUAAGCUAAACUUCAAACUCAAGAAAACUCAAGAAGAAAAGAAGAAACAUCAAAUAUUGGAACAGAUUAGAAAGGCAUUCAAAAUAGCAUUGUCUUGAUCUUGACCUAUUGUUUGUGAUCUAAUUCCCCUUUGUGAUAUCAGAACUUUAGCCUAAUAAAUGAGUUAAGUUUACAACGA